AUGAACGAAAACUCGAGACCUCGUAUUCCAAAUGAAUGGGUAAGAUAUAUGUAUGAAAAACUUGAAAGUGGUGAGUUAACUUACGCAACAGUUUUGAAACAAUCAUUUGGAGAAAGUUUCCCAGCUAUCUACUGGGAACUAAAGGCUAUGAGGCACUAG